AUGCGUUUAACUGUACCACCGUCCAUAGUCCCAGCAUGGCAUCAAUCCGGAUCCUUGCUGGUGCUAGCAUACUUUGUAUCUCCGGCCAUUAGCCAACUUGUGGCCAGCACCAGCUUGGUGACUCCUUUGUUCCCACUGCUGCAGAAUGAAAAUACUACAGAACUCUUCCCCAUGCCCGUUUGCGCUGGAACCUUCAAGUUAGAAGAAGCGACCAUCGACCAGAUGCAGAAGGCCAUGGAAGAUGGCAUUUUGACGUCUCAACAGCUGGUCAUGUGCUACAUGCAACGCACUUUUCAGACUCAAGAGUACAUCAGUUCCGUAAUGCAAUUGAAUCCGGAUGUCAUGACGAUUGCCGCCAAAAGGGACGAACAACGAAAAGCAGGCCAAGUUCUCGGUCCCCUUCAUGGAAUCCCAUUCACUGUCAAAGACAACAUUGCGACACAAGACAGUAUGGAAACAACUGCUGGGAGCUAUGCACUAUUGGGAAGCAUUGUCCCUCGCGAUGCCUUCGUCGUUGCUCGUUUGAGAGCAGCGGGAGCUGUACUAUUUGGGAAAUCCACAAUGAGCGAAUGGGCAGACAUGCGGAGUACCGGAUAUUCAGAAGGGUACUCCCCACGGGGUGGACAGCCACGAAGCCCCUACAACUUGGUCUUCAAUCCCAUGGGAAGUAGCUCCGGCAGUGCAGUAGGAGUUGCUGCCAAUGCGAUCGCCUUUUCUCUCGGCACAGAAACGGACGGCAGUGUAAUCAGCCCUGCUCAUAAGAAUGGCGUAGUAGGCAUCAAGCCGACUGUCGGACUGACCUCAAGAGACGGAGUCAUACCAGAGUGCGAGCACCAAGACACAGUUGGCACCUUCGGCCGAACUGUCCGCGAUGCAGUGUACGCCCUCGAUGCUAUCUACGGGGUCGAUCCAAGGGACAGCUACACCGAAGCCCAGAGCGGAAAGACACCUCCACCGGGAGGCUACGCUCAAUAUCUGACUAACAAAACUAGCCUGCAUAACGCAACAUUCGGCAUUCCGUGGAACAGCUUUUGGGCUAUUGCGAAUGAAGAAACCAAAGCACAGCUUGGCAGCUUGAUAACUCUCAUCCAAAAGAAUGGCGGUACCAUUGUCAACUUCACUGAAAUUACUGAUCACGAAAAUGUCGUGAAUAAAGCAGGCUGGGAUUGGAAUUGGCAAGGCAAGAUCGGCCACCCCGAAAAAUCAGAGUACACCAUCGUUCUGAUAGACUUCUAUAACAACAUCAAGAAAUACCUCUCUGAACUCCAGAACACGAAGAUGCGAUCGCUUGAGGAUAUAAUCAAGUUCAAUUACGAAAACGACGGAAUCGAAGGAGGGUAUCCUUUCGAUGGGAGCUACACAAUGUCCGGACGUUACAAAGUGUUUCACGGCCUACCAGCUUUUCGCUCCGGGCAAGAUGGAUUCCUGAUGUCUAAUGCCACUCAAGGCAUUCGGAACGAUACUUACUGGAAAGCUCUCAACUACAUGCAGACCACGACGCGUGUCGGCAUCGACGGUGCACUGAACCACACUGGAAACCCGCUUUCAGGCUUGCUCGUGCCUAUCUCAGUAGCCCAAACAUAUCAGAUAGCUGCGCAGGCUGGAUACCCGAUGAUCACGAUCCCAGCAGGAGUAUAUUCAGACACGGGCAUGCCCUUUGGGUUGGGAAUCAUGCAGACUGAGUUUGGGGAAGAAGAACUCGUGCGAUGGGCCAGUGCCAUCGAAGACUUACAACUAACCUCAGAGACACCGCUCAAAAGAACGCGGCCGAAAUGGCUGAGACACUUGGAAAAACCUAUUCCCAUCAGCCGUGAGCCGAAGGGUAAUUGA